AUGUCUGACUUUAAUGAAUCGAACAGAACAAAUCAGGAAGUUCACGUAACUCAACCGUCGACUCAAAAAAGUAGAGGGAUGAUGAUGUUACGACUUUUUUUAACAAUGUUUAUCGAUAUUGCUUUACCAUUAAUUCUUUAUUAUAUCCUUUCAAAAUAUAUACCAACUAUCUGGGCGCUAGUAAUAUCAAGUGUCCCACCUGCAAUUUCAGUUAUUGUUAAUUUUAUCCUUCGCAAACAAGUAAACCCUAUAGGAGUACUCGUUAUAAUUGGAUUCAUUGUCGGAGUUAUAUUGUCAUUAGUUCAAGCCGAUCCAAGAUUAUUCUUACUACGUGAAUCACUUGUCACUGGUGUAUUUGGUUUGGCAUUCGUUAUCACCUUGAUUCCAAUCAAAAUCAGAUCAUUCGAAAUGCGCCCCUUAUUAUAUUAUAAUAGUAAAAAUUUAGAAGUGGGUGAUCUUAAAGGUUUAACAGAAGAUGAACCUAUUCCUGAACGUUGGGAAAGGCAUUGGAGAUCUUAUCCUAAGUUUCGACUAACUUUCAUCGUUUUGACGGCUGUUUGGGGACUUGGAUUACUUAUUGAAGUUUCAGUCCGUAUAAUAAUUAUUUAUAAUACAGCAACAAUUGACGAUGCAGUUUAUUUUGGAAGUAUUUUUCUAUAUAGUUGGUUGAGUUGUUUAACUCUAUUUACAUUCAUUUUUUCAAGAUAUAUGCAAAAGAAAGGUGAAAGCGAAAGAUUACGAAAAGAACAGGAGGCCGCAGUUAAAUAA